AUGCCGGUCCCGGUGCUCCUGGCGCUGUGCAUCGCCCUUACGGACGCCCUGACUGCCUUCCCCCCGAAGUUUCUGGUGGGGAACCUGAACAAGGACGUGGUGGUGAAAUGCAACACCUCGAAGCCGCGGGUGACCUGGAUGCAGAACGGGGAGCCGGAGCCCAUGGCUGAGCUCGUGGCCGAGGGACAGACUCUCACCAUCAUCGGCUUGGACCUGCCGGCCACCGGCAACUACAGCUGCUGGGCUGGCGGCGUCCUGCUGGACAGCACCUACGUGGUGGUCGGGGACAGCGGAGAGGAGGGCAGGGACGCCUCCUGCCAGGCCGACUCCUACCGCGGCUCCUUCCGCUGCUCCUGGACGGGGCCCCACUCUGCCGUCUUCCGCGCCCGCCUCACACACAGCGACGGCUCCGUCGGGGACUGGGUGCCAGCAGCGGGGCACGGCGGGCAGUUCAACGCCAACUUCACGGACCCCUCCUUCUGCCCCUUCGCAGAGGAGCUGCGCCCUCUGCAGCUGCGCUUCGAGGGGAUCUCAGACACCUCCUUCCUCAACUUCUCCAUCCACUUCUUUGUCCGUGAUAUUGUGCGGCCCGACCCCCCGCAGGCGCUGACCGCCCACCUUCAGGAGGGGCGGCUCCACCUGGCCUGGGCCCCCCCGGCCUCCUGGCCACUCCCCAAGUCCUACUUCGCCCUCCUCUACCGGCUGCAGUACGAGCUCCCCAACGGCACCAAGGUUGAUGCUUUCGUGGAGGGCACGGAGAAGACGAGCCUGCAGGAGCGCGUGCGACGGGUGCGCAUCAGCUGCCAGGACCCCUACAGCUACACCAACAGCUCCUGGAGCCCCUGGAGCGGAUGGCGGGAGGUGGACGCAGCCUGGCUGCAGCGGGGCUGA